AUGACAGAGGUUACAAGUGCCGAUUAUUCUAAGCAAGGAUACCAUGAAAUACCAAAGAUUGCGUAUGCCACCCCCAUCAAUUGGCUUAUACUCUCUGAUAACAAAAUAAGAGAGGUUCCUGAGAGUAUAAAGGAGCUCAAGACCCUAAGCAGGCUUGCGCUGAAUGACAACAGAAUUGAAGAAAUCCAUCCCGGCAUAGGCUCCCUUGUAGGCCUCACCUGGAUCGAUCUGACUAGAAACAGGCUUAGAACGCUGCCUGACGAAAUGGCAAAUUUGAAGAGGGUUUCCGGGCUCGGGCUAAGCGAAAACAACUUCUCUGAAAUCCCAAAGUGUAUAUUCAAGAUGACAAAUCUCCGGAAGUUCGGCUUUUUUUCAAAUAAGAUCAGGGCCAUUCCAAAAGACAUCAGGUUUCUUAUAAAUUUGAUCAAAAUAGACUUAUCCAACAAUGAGAUUACUUCUCUCCCAGAUGAGUUUUGCGAGCUGAAGAAUUUAAACUGGCUGAAUCUAUCAAAUAACAAGCUCCAAAAGCUUCCUGACGGAAUCAACAAUCUGGUACGGUUAGAGGAGCUUGGGCUUGGAGCAAACAACCUCACCGAACUGCCAGACAUGAGCAAUCUGAAGAAGCUGAGAAUACUUCCGGUCUUCAAAAACCAGCUUACUCGAGUAAACCAAAGUAUAGCCCGCCUCAGCAGUAUUGAAAAGCUAGACUUCAGUGAUAACAAUAUUACAGAAUUUCCCGGGCAUGUAAUAGGCAUCCAGUCGCUAAGAUAUCUGAAUCUGAAAUCAAACAAAAUUUCAAAGAUAGACCCAAGCACAUUCAAAAACCGGAUAUCAUCUGUCUCAAUAAUAGAUGUGAGUGACAACCUCCUCAGCUGCAUUCCUCUGAAGUUUUUUAAGACGUUCUCAAAUGUUACUGUAAUAAGGGUUGGCGAAAACCCCUUUGUCUACCACGAAAGCAGGCCUGCACCUAAUCCAGGCCUGACAGAGCUAUGCUACAACAUAUGCCUAAACAUGCAAUACAAAUGUGAAAGCUGGAUAAGAAAAAGAUAUCCAGACGUAAAAAGCUGCGAUGCUUGUAGCAAACUGUUUACUACACAGCCACAUUUGGGAUAUAGCCUUAGCUCUGUCGGCGAUGGAAGCACCUUUGUUGUCGAGAAGAUGCUAUGCUCCUACAGCUGUUACAGAAAUGAAUAUAAAUAA